UAUCACAGAUCAAAAAUCUCACAAUAGUCCAGGAGCAUGUUUACUUGUUUACAAUUGAAAUAUUUGAUUGGUGUUUUUCUGUUAAAGAGUUGUAUUUACACAGUAUUUUGUGACAACAAUACUUGUGAAGGAAAACCGUAUAAUUGCUGUGAUGGGUACAUGUGGGACGAGGACAAGCACAUUUGUGAAGCUUGUAAUAUAGGGUACUUUGGAAGUAAUUGCUCUGAACCCUGUCCAUCUGGUAUCUAUGGAUGGAAUUGCCAGAAAAGAUGUAACUGCAGCAAAGAAACCUGCAGUAAUGUAAAUGGUUGUAGGGUGGAGAACGAGAGGAUAAAUUUCACAACACAUUCAAAAGUGUCUUCCAUGAAAAAAACGUCUGUGUCAAUGAACUCUUUCAUAACUUUUGGUAUUUCGUCACUUGCUAUAUUUUCAACAGUUAUUUUCAUCAUUUACAUCGGAAUGAAAGUCUUCCAAAGAUUUAAGAAAACUGAUGGACCUUUGGAAAUUGAAAUGAAGGACAUAAAUUACGAACAAGGCAAACCUAAUGGGAAAAUAUAAAAAAAAUGCACAUACAAAAGCAGAAACAUAGGGAAGUGACAAUGAGAACGAUGACGGGAUUUGUUUUGAAUUUCAGUUCAUACAUAAAAAUAAUUUUCAUUUUAACAUGGAAGGUAAACAAAUGUAAAGAUUAUAUAAAGGGAGGAUCAAUAUCAAUUCAAAUAUUUAUUAUUUAA